GCUGUAAAAGUGCCACCAAUAUAUCAUCGAUCUAUAACACAGGUUGCUACUGUGUUUCCUAAUUGCGAAAUUACAUAUCGUCCUGCUAGUGCAGUAGCAAACAAAAUGUCAUAUAUAGGGAAUGGUAUUCGAUCUUCACCUUUCUCACAAACAUUUACUACAUUUGAGGAGGAACGGACGAAUUGGCCCGUUGAAAACGAAGAAGAAGAAAUUUUAAUGUUUAAACAGAGAACGAUUGAAAGCUCAUCAAUGUAUGACAAACUUCAAAUUCUGUUAAAUGAUUUAUCAAUUUGGCAACCUAAAAAUAAUGGUCCGGGCAACAAUGAAAUUUCAUCCACACCACCACCAACAC